CUCGCCGGCAGGCGGGCGGGAGUCGGACACCAAGGCCGGCGUGCGGGCGUGCGGAGCCGGGCACCAGGAUCGCGCCGAGAGCCAGCAGAGCAGCAUGGAGCGCCGGGGAGCCCGCGCCUACCUCGCGCUGCUUUGGGGCUGCGCUCUGGCCGCGGCGGCGGCGGCGGCGCAGGGCAAGGAAGUUGUUCUGUUGGACUUUGCAGCGGCCAAGGGGGAGCUGGGCUGGCUCACGCACCCGUAUGGUAAAGGGUGGGACCUGAUGCAAAACAUCAUGAACGACAUGCCCAUCUACAUGUACUCCGUGUGCAACGUGGUGGCCGGCGACCAGGACAACUGGCUGCGCACCAACUGGGUGUACCGGGGUGAGGCCGAGCGCAUCUUCAUCGAGCUCAAGUUCACGGUGCGUGACUGCAACAGCUUCCCCGGCGGCGCCAGCUCCUGCAAGGAGACCUUCAACCUCUACUACGCCGAGUCGGACGUGGACUACGGCACCAACUUCCAGAAGCGCCAGUUCACCAAGAUCGACACCAUCGCGCCCGACGAGAUCACCGUCAGCAGCGACUUCGAGGCACGCAACGUGAAGCUGAACGUGGAAGAGCGCUCCGUGGGGCCGCUCAGCCGCAAGGGCUUCUACUUGGCCUUCCAGGACAUCGGCGCCUGCGUGGCGCUGCUCUCCGUCCGUGUCUACUACAAGAAGUGCCCCGAGCUGCUGCAGGGCCUGGCCCACUUCCCCGAGACCAUCGCCGGCUCUGAUGCACCCUCCCUGGCCACCGUGGCCGGCACCUGCGUGGACCAUGCUGUGGUGCCCCCAGGUGGCGAAGAGCCCCGGAUGCACUGUGCCGUGGACGGCGAGUGGCUGGUGCCCAUCGGGCAGUGCCUGUGCCAGGCAGGCUACGAGAAGGUGGAGGACGCCUGCCAGGCCUGCUCGCCGGGAUUCUUCAAGCCCGAGGCGUCUGAGAGCCCCUGCCUGGAGUGUCCCCAGCACACGCUGCCAUCCCUGGAGGGCGCCACCUCCUGCGAGUGUGAGGAAGGCUACUUCCGGGCCCCCCAGGACCCACUGUCCAUGCCCUGCACACGCCCGCCCUCCGCCCCGCACUACCUCACGGCCGUGGGCAUGGGCGCCAAGGUGGAGCUGCGCUGGACGCCUCCCCAGGACAGCGGGGGCCGCGAGGAUGUCGUCUACUUCGUCACCUGCGAGCAGUGCUGGCCCGAGUCGGGCGAGUGUGGGCCGUGCGAGGCCAGCGUGCGCUACUCGGAGCCUCCGCACGGGCUGACCCGCACCAGCCUGACGGUCAGCGACCUGGAGCCCCACAUGAACUACACGUUCGCCGUGGAAGCCCGCAACGGCGUCUCGGGCCUGGUGACCAGCCGCAGCUUCCGCACCGCCAGCGUCACCAUCAACCAGACUGAGCCCCCCAAGGUGAGGCUGGAGGGCCGCAGCACCACCUCGCUGAACGUGGCCUGGACCAUCCCCCCGCCGCAGCAGAGCCGCGUGUGGAAGUACGAGGUCACCUACCGCAAGAAGGGGGACUCCAACAGCUACAACGUGCGCCGCACUGAGGGCUUCUCUGUGACCCUGGACGACCUGGCUCCGGACACCACCUACCUGGUCCAGGUGCAGGCCCUGACACAGGAGGGCCAAGGGGCCGGCAGCAAGGUGCACGAGUUCCAGACACUGUCUGUGGAAGGGUCUGGCAACAUGGCGGUGAUCGGCGGUGUGGCUGUCGGCCUGGUCUUGCUUCUGCUGUUGGCAGGAAUUGGCGUCUUCAUUCAUCGCAGGAGGAAGAACCUGCGUGCCCGCCAGUCCUCGGAGGACGUGUACUUCUCCAAGUCAGAGCAACUGAAGCCCCUGAAGACGUACGUGGACCCCCACACAUAUGAGGACCCCAACCAGGCCGUACUCAAGUUCACCACCGAGAUCCACCCGUCCUGCAUCACACGGCAGAAGGUGAUCGGAGCAGGGGAGUUUGGGGAGGUGUACAAGGGGAUGCUGAAGGCGUCCUCGGGGAAGAAGGAGGUGCCCGUGGCCAUCAAGACGCUGAAGGCCGGCUACACGGAGAAGCAGCGGGUGGACUUCCUGAGCGAGGCGAGCAUCAUGGGCCAGUUCAGCCACCACAACAUCAUCCGCCUGGAGGGAGUCGUCUCUAAAUACAAGCCCAUGAUGAUCAUCACUGAAUACAUGGAGAACGGGGCCCUGGACAAGUUCCUUCGACAGGAAAAGGAUGGCGAGUUCGGCGUGCUGCAGCUGGUGGGCAUGUUGCGGGGCAUCGCGGCGGGCAUGAAGUACCUGGCCAACAUGAACUACGUGCACCGCGACCUGGCCGCCCGCAACAUCCUGGUCAACGGCAACCUGGUGUGCAAGGUGUCCGACUUCGGCCUGUCCCGCGUGCUGGAGGACGACCCCGAGGCCACCUACACCACCAGUGGUGGCAAGAUCCCAAUCCGAUGGACGGCCCCGGAGGCCAUUUCCUACCGCAAGUUCACCUCUGCCAGCGACGUGUGGAGCUACGGCAUCGUCAUGUGGGAGGUGAUGACGUAUGGCGAGCGGCCCUACUGGGAGCUGUCGAACCACGAGGUGAUGAAAGCCAUCAACGACGGCUUCCGGCUGCCCACGCCCAUGGACUGCCCCUCCGCCAUCUACCAGCUCAUGAUGCAAUGCUGGCAGCAGGAGCGCGCCCGCCGCCCCAAGUUCACGGACAUCGUCAGCAUCCUCGACAAGCUCAUCCGAGCCCCCGAAUCCCUCAAGACCCUGGCUGACUUUGACCCCCGCGUGUCCAUUCGGCUGCCCAGCACCAGCGGCUCCGAGGGCGUGCCCUUCCGCACGGUGUCCGAGUGGCUGGAGUCCAUCAGGAUGCAGCAGUACACAGAGCACUUCAUGGCGGCUGGCUACACCGCCAUCGAGAAAGUGGUGCAGAUGACCAACGAGGACAUCAAGAGGAUCGGGGUGCGUCUGCCCGGCCACCAGAAGCGCAUCGCCUACAGCCUGCUGGGGCUCAAGGACCAGGUGAACACGGUGGGCAUCCCCAUCUGAGCCCCAGCCCCUCGGGCAAGGAUACUUGAAAAGCAGUGGCCUCCCUGCCAGCUCCGCGCCGGCCACCAGAGACCUUAUUUAUUUCUGAUUGUUCCCUCAUUGAUGCCGCUGGGGGCUCUCAGACCACACCCGGGCCUGAACCGGGGAUCCCAGGCCAGGGGCCUCGUCCCCCCGGCAGGACAGAUAGCCAAGCACUUAGCCGGCACCGCCGUGUUCCCAGCAUCCUCUGGCGCUGGAGCUGCCAGGGUCUAAGUCUAAAUGGGACAUUUCGAGACUGACCUCGCUCUCACCUUCUCCCACACGAGGGAGACUCGGGAAGAGGGGGUGGUGUCAGUCCACGGCCGUGCGACCAGGGCACCUCGGCCCCACCCUCGCUAUAAGGGGCACACUCGGACCCCGGCUGGGUGCGACCCACGUGCCCCUCCGUCCCUUCAGUGCCUCCUCGGACCCCCGGGCCCUGCCCUCGGCCCAGGCGGGCCAGACACUCGCUUUCCUGGGGCCUCUGCAGUGUGCUUGGUUAUGUUGAGGUUUUUUUGAAAAUAUAUAUUUUGUACUUUGUGGAAAGAAUGUGUGGUGGCAGGGGCCCCGCCAGGGCUGGGGGCAGAGAGAACGGACAGCCUGCGUCAGACAUUCCCGGGCCGCAGGAGGGCCCUGCCCGCCCCCUGCCGGCCCGCCCAGCCCCCCAGAGGUGACACUACUCUGUCAGUGUUAAUGGUUUUUGUUUGUUGGGAAUUUUUUUUGACCCUUAAUUUAUUAUUUUUUUUAUAUUUAUUGUUAGAAAAUGACUUAUUUCUGCUCUGGAAUAAAAAUUGC